CAUUCUCCGGCAGUAAUGGGCGCAGUUCUCCAGGGACGGCCCGUCUGAAGACGCGAAGCUGUCGUCCCGAUCUAGUUUGUCCCCACCCAGCACCCAUACCGUGGCUAUCGCGGAGCAAUUCGGGGAUCUAAACGCUGUGCUCGCCACUGUUCGGCACAAGCGGCCUAUAGAUGACUCGUUUGUAAAACCAUGAGUAUAUUUAAAUGCUUACAUGCCACGGGGGUUUUCACGUUUUUUGGAAGCCUCGGCCAAAAUUAGGUUAUUUUUUUAAUAGUGCAUGAGACGUUCGCUUCGGCAGGUCUUCUCCCUUCCGCUGCGCAUCACUUUGUUUUGGAUUUACAUGGGAACUCACAGUCGGACGCUUUCCUACGGCUAGCAGCCCGGAUCAAGCGAUGCUCCGCAAGCUUUGCUCGCCGUGCACUGCGCGAUAAAGAGUCGCGUUGACCCUCAGGUGAAAUCGCAGCAGUGGCCAAACCCGCAGUGGCACAGACGGAAAGGGAGGCGGGUAUUUCGGAGUCACUUUGAAUUUUGAUACAGGUUUUCGCAUUAGAUAGACGUCACGAUCUGGCAGCGCGGCACCCGUGACAUUUGGCUUAUUCACGCCCAUAGUAAAAAAAGAUGGACGAAAGUGCAGAAAAAGCGGAAUCGGAAGACGCCGUGAUCAUCGUGGAGAACGAGGCGGAGAGCAUGCCGGUGCUGGAGGAGAGCGCAAAGCAGCAGAGCCAUGUGAACUUGCUGGAGACCUGCGCCGUGUGCUCGCUCAGUUUCCACAGCCGGGAGCCCAAGCUGCUCCCCUGCCUCCACUCUUUCUGCAAGAAGUGUCUGCCGUCGCCCUCCAGGAGUCUGGUCAUGCCGGAUCAAAGUACGAGCGGUCCGAUACAAGCCGACAACGCGGCGAAUCCGCUCAACGUGAUUCGUUGCCCAGUGUGCCGGCAGGAAUGCAUGGAGGUGGACGUCAUGGAGAACUUCUUCGUGAAGGACUCCAUGGAGGUUCCCAGCAGUACAGUGGAGAGGACCAGUCAGCUGUGCAUGAGCUGCACUGACAAUGCGGAGGCCACGGGCUUCUGCGUGGAGUGCGUGGAGUUCCUCUGCGUCACCUGCAUCGGCGCACACCAAAGGGUGAAGUUCACCAAAGAUCACACCAUCCGACAGAAGGAGGAGGUGUCUCCAGAGGCCGCGUGCGUGUCCUCCCAGAAGCCGGUCUUCUGCGACGUGCACAAGCAGGAGCCGCUGAAGCUCUUCUGUGAGACGUGCGACCGCCUGACCUGUCGCGACUGCCAGCUGCUGAAGCACAAGGAUCACAAUUACCAAUUCCUCGAGGAUGCUUAUAGGAACCACAGGGACUACAUGGAGAAUAUGACUCUUCAGUUACAGGAGAAGAAGAAGGCCAUCGAGGAGGUCUCCAAUUCCAUUAACAAUGGACUCUUGAAGGUCGAUGAGAACCGAAAGUCUGUUCACAAUGAAAUCAAGAAGUCCAUAUGUACCUUAAUUAUAGAGAUCAAUAGAAAGGGGAAGAUCUUGGUUAAUCAGCUUGAGGCCCUGAUGAAGGACCACGAGAGCGGCCUCAGGAAGCAGCAGGAAGAUAUUGGCUUCCUGUCCCGGCACCUCGAUCAUGUGAUCAACUUCACCAAGUGGGCAACCGCCAGCCACAGUGGAACAGCCCUUCUGUACUGCAAGCGGCUGAUCCUGUUUCAAAUCCAAAAUCUCCUGCGGGCCAAAUGCAAUACUUCGUUCGUACCUCAGAGCACCGUGCGUUUCCAGUGCCGCUCAGGAUUCUGGGCCUCGAAUGUGGAUCUGGGCUCCCUGGUGGUGGAAAGUGCCCCAGGCCGCCAGCAGCCCGGGAUCCAGGGCCUCCCCUACCAGCUGAGCCAGCCGGGCCACAGGCCCGACGGAUCCCCCAACGGCUUCCCUGUGGGGCCCUCGCAGCAGGCCCAGCAGCAGCUGGCCACCCACAGCACGCUGGCCCAGCUCCAGAUGCAGGUGGAGAAGCUGGCCCAGCAGCCCAGCCGCCAGCCCCCGCCGCCCUCUCACUGGACCUGGUACCACAACAUGCGUCUGCCGCGGCCGCCCCCCCCGCCGCCACCCCCUCCCCGGCCCCUGCAGGGCGGCUCCCCGUCCCAAGGCCUGUCCUCCAUGUCUCAGCCGGGCCGUCGUUUCGCCAUCCCUCAUCCGAACCCUCAGAGCCCCACCGCCUCCCUGCAGAACCAAGGCUUCAGCUCUCAGGUGCUUCCUGUCUCUGCUGUCCAGACCCUGCGAGGUCUGGUGAGCAGCUCCAAGCCGAUGGACAUCUUUCCCAGUGUGCCCCGGUACUCCCAGAAUGCCCCGCUGUCCAGCGGCAUCCCUCACACCGCCCAGCAUUCCCUGCAGCAGCUGAACAUGAUGGAGUCGGCGUACCUGAACAAGAAGAACGAUGAAAGCGGCUCGUACUCGAUGAUGAGGCCCAACUUCUCGCAAAGCUUGCCAGCCUCUCCGCCAUACAGGAACGCUCAAGGUCGACACAUCUCCCCUCUGCCCGCCAACAGCUCAGCGGAGCCGAAGACGAGCUCUUCGGUGUGGAAGCCACCGGAAGCCCAGGCGAGCGCGUCCCAGAGCUCGGCGCCUAAACGAAGACGCCGCUCGUCCCCCGGCCCCAUUAUCGUGAUCAAGGAUGAGCCCGAGGAUGAUGACGACGUCCAUUUCGUCCAGUCCAGCGUGAGGGCCAGUCUCCCUGACAGCACAGAGGACCGGACCCCAGCACCCACACAGGACCCCCCCGCAGCGGCCGAACCCCCUGCCAGGGAGGCCCCGGGGCCUGACGAGGACCCCAACGAGGACUGGUGUGCCGUGUGCCAGAACGGGGGCGAGUUGCUCUGCUGUGACAAGUGUCCCAAGGUCUUCCACCUCACCUGCCACAUCCCCAAGCUGCUCGGCUCUCCCAGUGGUGAAUGGUUCUGUUCAUUUUGCCGCGAGCUGAACUCGCCGGAAAUGGAAUAUGACUGUGACAAAACUGAAGGGCCCAAAGCUCUGAAGGAGGAUCCCGAUUCCAAAGAGUUUUCACCUGUGGACAAACGGAAAUGCGAGCGGCUCUUACUGCGCCUUUACUGCAACGAGCUGAGCGCCGACUUCCAGGAACCUGUCUCUCCAUCAAUGGUUCCAGAGUAUUAUGAAGUUAUUAAGACUCCCAUGGACCUGUCCAUUGUGAAAAGGAAACUUGAAUCCAAGGAUAAUGCGCAGUAUCAGAGACCGGAUGAGUUUGUGGCGGAUGUGCGGCUCAUCUUCCGGAACUGCGCCCGGUUCAAUGAGGUUCUCCCCCACGCAACCCCCCAAAUCGAGCUGGAACUAAAGGGACGUGUUCCAAAAAGCUUGGCAGACACAGAAGUGGCCGCCGCCGGUGUGAACCUGGAGAAGUACUUCGAGGAGCAGCUGAAGGUUCUCUAUCCAGACCAUGCUUUCCCCGAGGUGAAGGCGGAGGAGACCAGAGCGGCGUCUCCGGCUGAGGUCGCGGAAGAUGCCUCCCCGCCCACCAAGAAGCUGCGACCGGCUUCAGAGUCGCAGGAAAGCCGCAGUCCGGCGGAGACGCCCAAAGGCGAAUGCGAAGACGCGGAGAAAUGAGAAGGAGCCCUCCGUCAGAGCGAGCAAACAGCCCCCACGCGUGUGUUAAAUUCUUUUUUAAUUCUAUAUUUUUUCAAUCUUGUAAAAAAAAAUAACAUAAUAGUAACCCAGACUCUCCCAGCUAUGGAAAGUAGGGUUUCCUCUCUUAGUGGAAUGAUUUGCA